AUGAAUAACUCCACAGAACUAGCGCUGAACAUUACAGUGACUAGUCAGCGCAUCGUGCUGUGGUACGAGCACCCUGAAUGUGCCGUGGCUCCAUACGGCUAUGCCUUUUACCUCGCUGUAAAAGUUUUUAACUUUUUUAUGGGCCUGCCCUCCAACCUGAUUGUUAUGUGGCAUAUUGCAUGGCACAGGAGCAAAGGCUCCACGUCUGACUUGUUCAUCUUUUACCUUGCUCUGAUGGAUGCCUUCUUCUGCUUAAUGACACCGGUGGAGCUGGUAAACCGACUGUACCUGAAUGACAAGGGAAUCUGGCAUAUACAGAAUUUUGCUUAUGGCAUCAAAGAUACAGCUCCUGUUUUCCUAACUUGCAUCUGCUUGGACAGAUACGUCGCUGUGGUCCACCCCAUCGUGUUCACGGGUAUCCGGGACAAUCGUGCACGUCAUGCCGUUUCAGCUGUGGUGUGGGCACUGGUUUUGGCCUUCUCUAUCACAGAGAGCAUCGUGGGCGUGAUAGCCGUCAGUGAUGUGUUCGCUGGCAUCAUCCUGUUUGCUUUUUUUGUCAUGGUCUUCUGCAACUUGUCUAUCAUCUUCGUGCUACGUAAGAGUGUUGCUGGAAAAGAGGUCAUGACCCCUGUGAAGAAGAAGGCUUUUAAGAUGGUGGUCAUUGUCCUUGCGAUUAUCAUAGUCAACUACCUGCCAGCGGUGGCACUCAUGCCAUUUGGCUCUGCCUUUAAGUUUGUCAUGUUUCGCUGUGAGAUUGUCACGGCCGUCUUCUCCAUCAUGGACCUGAGUUGCACCAUUGAACCACUGGUCUACCUUAUUAAGAUGGACAAGCUGACCUGCCCUUGUCUGAACUUAUGUACAAACAAGCCACACAAUGUUGAUGUGUGA